CACAAAGAGGAGUGUCAGGCAGCAUAAAUUUCAGCAUACAAAAUUCCACACGCUCGCAGCGCGUCGCAGAUACUUUUCGGCAAAGUUUUCCGCAGGAGAAAGCCAGUGUAAAUAAUUGGAAAACCCCCGAGUCGAAUGGCCAACAGUUCCUCUUAGUUUUUAGCGGAUCGGUGUAAAUAAACUGGCGUUCGUCUAGCGGUAAAUGAUAGUGUAUCUGUGUCUGUGCCUUUCCGCGACGGCCAAAUGCGCCCAAGUGGUCAAUUAAAUUAGUGAAAAUUGAAUAAAACAGAAGAAAGAAUAGACGGCAAACGUAAAUAAAAGACAGCCAGAACGAGAGGUGCAGAGUGACGAGCGGCAGACAGAGCGCGAGAGCAACGUGUCGAGCAACAAAUUAAUAAUAAAAAACACACAAAAAACGAAACACAAAUUGAAAACAACAACAACAGGCAGAAGCAGCAGCGAUUCUGGAUUUCUAGAGGCAGCGGCACAUUCAAAAGAUGGGCUGUGGACAGAGCAAGAUACACUUGUAUCCCAGGAAAUCGAAGAGUAAAGCGAACGGCAAGAAAGGAGGACAUGCCGACUCGGAUGCCGAAACGGACGAGGACGAAGGCCACAUCGAGGAUGCCGAGAAGGCACAGCAGCGCGACCGCGAGAAGCACGACGAGAGCGAGGAGCUAAGCAAUAAGGACAUCCAGGACAGCGACGAGGACGUGGCCGUCUCCCUGCUGCGCGCCAAGAACCUGUCGCUGCUCCAAAGCCAGGAAAUAUCAUCUAGCCAACAGAACUUCUUCCGCAUGCUGGACAAGAAGAUCGACGAGGGUCCCGACUACGACUCGGCCAGCGAGACGGAGAUCGCUCUGGAGGAGGCCCGACUGAACGCCCUGCGUCAACACUGGGAGUCCGCCAGCAUCACGGCCUCCAUAUGCUCCUCGGCCAGUCGCUCGCUGCAGACGACGCCCAUCCGCCAGGUGCAGGUGCCGCUCAAGCAGCCUCCACGCGGAGCUGGCCUGCUGCUACAGCCUUCCAGUGCGGCGACGGUCACCGCCUCCUCCUCUACGAUAGUCACGCUGCCCACGACGGAGUAUCUACCUCAACAUGUGUUGGCAGGGCGGCAGCAACAGCAGCAGCAGCAACAGGCGGCGGUGCUCUACCAGCAACAGCAGCAGCAACUAAUACUGUUGCCCCAGUUGGAUCCUAAUGUUGUCAACACGUCCACGGCGGCAGCAGCGGCACAGCUCGUCCAGUUGCAGCAGCAACAUCAGCAGCAGCAGCAACAGCAACUCAGUCAGCAGCAGCAGCAGCUCUACCAGCAGCAACAGCAAUAUAUGUUGUCCCUUCCCGCCGGAACCAAGCCGCAGAGCGUGAGUCCAAAACGCCUCAUCUAUGGCAGCACCGCUACAGCCGGUCCACCGGGCAGUACCGCUUGUCCACCGCCGGCACCGCCUCCUUCCGUUCAGUAUAUUGCCACCGGGUCCAGCGGUGGCUUCCUCAAUGGCGCCGGCGCCAUUUCCGGAAUUGCAGCGGGUCGAGGGCCCCUGCAGCUGGCCUACUACGGUGCAGCCCCCACGAGCACUGCCCCCCCGACGGCGACAGCCCUUUCCAACGCCCCCGAAACGUACGAACCGCCAACCGCUCCACACAGCCAAAUGCAGCAGCAACAGCCACCGCCUCCUCCGCCGGGAGCCUACUACGGCGAGAUGAUGCACGGCGUACAGCCCGCUCCGGCGGCGGAAUACAAGUUCCCGCCCGCCAUCAGCGUGCAGCGACUGGCUCCGCAGGUGCAGCGGCAACUGCGUGAGACGCAGGAACUCAUAAAAGACUCGUGCCCGCAGCUGUAUGCGGCAGGAUAUGGCAGCCCUGGACCACCGAUACGCAAUCCCAGCAGGAACCCCACUAGAACUAGACCCACCCUGGAGACUCAGUUCUCGCAGGAACUCUCGUGAUAUCUAUAUAUGUAAACAGCCAGCAGACGGAGGAUGCACCCACGUUCAGAGACACAGUUGGAGAGAACUGCAGCCAAAGAUGAAAUUAACCAAAAGUAUAUAAAACGAACCCAUGACAAAAAUCCAAGAAAAGCCAAAAACAAAAAAAUUCGAAGAACAUCAAUUAAGAAAUUGUAAAACUGCACUCAAUGUUUCAGAACCUCAGAACCCCCGGCGGGCAGAUCGAGCCCCCUAUAUGCGUACUACUUACAACAAACACGAUGAGCAACUACUAAACCUAUGCGGAGCAACAAAUAAGCAUUAAACUACAAAAAUAUUCAAGAGGCAGCCAAAGAACCGGUGAGAUGAGAGUACGAGUAGGACAGGGAUUGUAGCGAGUUGGAUCAGAAAGCGCAAGGUACAUAGAUUUAGGAGUCGAGCAAACGUUAUAAAGCGAUAUAUAUGCAAAUGCCACAAGGAGGAUGCGGAGGAGGAGUUUGGAUCCCGAACAAAGCAAACACAAAUCAUACAAAGUAAAUAAUAUAAAGUGUAACAAACAAAUGACUUCUACAUUCUCACGCAAUUUUGUUAGUCAUAAAUCUCAUGGUGUAAUUUUUUAACAAAUAUUUUCCGUCAAAUUCUCGAAAUGGUGUAACGUUGAGUAUGGAGACGAUAGUGUUCGUUGGAUAUGCAAUUAACGGAUGAAGCUGUCUAGUAAUAUUUGUAUAAUUUAGUUCUAUUUAUUAUUAUGAUAAUUUUGGAUGUAUGAUAGUUUUUCUUAUAUGGAAAUAUAUAUAUAUAUAUUUAAAAUGGAAAAUAAAAGCAAAUCAAUUAAGUUUAAAGACUCA